AUGAGUUGCAAUGGCUGCAGGGUUCUUCGAAAGGGUUGCAGUGAUAAUUGCAUGCUUCGACAAUGCCUUAAAUGGAUAGACAACCCACAAGCUCAAGCUCAUGCCACCCUCUUCGUCGCCAAGUUCUUCGGCCGCGCCUGCCUCAUGUCCUUCAUUUCCACCGUCCCCGAACCCCAUAGACCCGCUUUGUUUCAGUCUUUGUUAUUUGAAGCGGUGGGAAGGACGGUGAAUCCGGUGAAUGGAGUGGUGGGGCUUCUUUGGACUGGAAAUUGGAACGUGUGUCGGGCGGCUGUGGAGACGGUGCUCCGAGGCGGUGUGUUACAAGCCCAGCCGGAGUUUCUUGGGGUACAAGUUAGUAUGCUAGAGUUAGCUAACCCUUCAAAAGCAAAAGCUGGAAACAAUUGUAUUAGUACUCCACAAGAUCCUUGCUUAUUGGGGUCUAAUAAGAAGGGGGCUUCUGACAAAGUGGAAAACUUGCAACAACUGGAUCUUGAUCUUUGCUUGACAGCAGGCUUGUAAAGGAGAACGGAAAUAGACGGCGGAAGGAGGAGGAAAAGAGCCACAACGCCGUCAACAGAGGAGUCUGAAAUGACUUCAUUGGGUAGUAGUAAUUCUUGUGGU